UCAAUUUCCAGGACUGUAGUUGGCACAUGCGCUAGCAUUACGACGAUUGGACAGUUUUUUUCAGACGUAUUUAUUUGCAAGGACAUAGUAAAAAAGGGAUCAACAGAAAAUGUGGCAGACACACCAUUCAUCGGCGGUAUUGCAGUUUCUCUUCUUAUGUAUGUUUAUGCAAAAAUCUUGAAUGAUCCAGCAAUGGUGUCAGUGAACAUCGCUGGAAUAACGCUCAAUGUUUGCUACUUGCUGUGUUAUUAUUUAUAUACACAUGAUAAGAAAUCUGUUCUGAAGCACGUAUGGAAUUCUUUUUUGAUAUGUGCUGUUUUUGUGGCGUAUGCCUGGUGGGAAGAUCCAGACUUAAUUGAACAUAGAUUUGGAAUAAUUGUAACUGUGUUACUGCUGCUUCUUAUUGGAUCGCCACUUUUUUCACUUGGUAAAAUCAUAAGAAGUAAAAGCAGUGCUUCUCUACCGUUUCCGUUAAUACUGUCAGGGACAGUAAUUUCUUCAGAAUGGCUUUUGUACGGGAUCAUAAUUAAAAAUCAUUUCAUUCAGUUCCCGAAUGCAGUUGCUCUCGUAUUGAGUGCCAUUCAGCUGUCACUCUUUGUGAUUUAUCCAAGUAAACCAAAAGAAAAAGAAGAAAAGAAGUAAGAUUAAUGCAGAUGUGUUU